AUGGCAACGUCUAGAUCGCCAAGGGCUCAACACUACAUUGAUUGUGAAGAAUGUGGUGAAAAUCCAGCACAGUUUCUGUGUAAAUCUUGUCCAGGGCAUCUUCGCGAGACGUGUAAAACAAAGCACAAGACGCGAAAAAUAAGUAAAAGUCACGAAGUUAUACACUUACACAGAAACGUUGAGGGUACUCUUGGUGUACUUUACUGUGAGAAACAUACAAAAAACAAACUCGAGUGGUAUUGUUCUCCCUGCAAAGUACCUGUGUGCGCAGAAUGUCAUAUUGGUCCCCACAAUGGACAUGAAAUGAGAGAUCUGAAUAGAGUGUAUGAUGAGAUACGAAAGAAACGUAAAGAAGAAAACGAUCAAAUAGAGGAGGUACUUCUACCCAAAUUUAACAAAUUGUUAUCUGAGGAGAAAACUAAGAAAACAGAAAUACUAAAUAAAGUAAAUGACGCUGAUAAGAAAAUGAAAGAGCGUAUACGGGAAUUACAAGAAGAAAUAGAUAAGUUACAGGAAUAUAAAAAGAAUGCGGUUAAAAUUUUAGAAGAAAAUGAAAGUAAACUUGAUGCCACAAUUAAAACACUGGAAAAAAUCAAUGAAGAAAUCACCAAACAGCUGUCUGUAAAACCUGGAAUUGCAUUUUUUGAGAAUACAUCCUACAAUCUCUCUAGAUACACACAUACCGAUUUUCAACCUGACAUAAUCAUUACAAAAUUGUGA